AUGGAAUUUGAAAGAAUCACUGUGACAAAAAGGGGAAUUGAGGUGUAAUAAUAACUAAAACAAAUACUUGGAGUAAAGGAAAGUAAACAAUUUGGAACAAUAAGAAAGAAGGGUAGAGUAAAAAUAGUAUGAAAAUUUGAUAGAAUAUAGUGAGAAUCUUUUGAGAAAAUAAAAAGAGCAAGAAAUCCAUACAUCUAGUUUUUUAGAGCCUAUAUUAGAUAAAUAGGAAUAGAUGAAUGUGUUUCUUACAAAUAGAUUCACUAAUAGAUAGAAAUUUAUAAAAAAAGAGAUGGAGAAGUUUAGUUAGAAAAAGACAAAGUUUGGUGGUAGUUUCUAGAGUGAAUCUCAUCGUUCGUUUAAGUGUUUAGAUUUCAGAUAAAUGCAAUAUCUGAAAAGUAAAUAUACUGAGGGGUUCUUCUUAACGAAAUAAAACCAAUAGUUUAAAAUGCGUAAUAAUUUUGUAUUUGGUAAGUCUCGAAACCUUAGGGGUAGGAGAUGCAUUAAAGAGAAGAUAAAUAGUUAGAAUUUAAAUAGGCGAAAUUUGAAAGAAUGUUAAGGAAACAUGAAUAAUUUAAUUUACAGACAUAAAGUAUUCCAACUUAUGAAAAAGGAAUUAAAAGAGAACCAAAUUUUAUGAGUGAGUUAGUGAAAUAGAUGGAAAAAAGAGAAAUAUCUUCUAGAGUAGAAAGUAUUAAGGAAAUAAACUAAAAAUUUGGAAAUAGUGUGGAUUUACUAGAAUAUAAUUGUUUUAGUAAAGAAAGAUUUUAAGAAACUAUAAGUAAUGUGCAUUUUAAUAAAUAUGAGAAAUUAUGGAAGACACUUAGAGUUGGAAAGUGA